AUGCUAAACCCAUCUCAGCAAACAUUAAUUCUAACUUUAAACCAAAAUAGAUUAUUGAAUCAACCACCAAACUCACCAUGCUCAUCACCAAUAUCCUUUGAAAAUUUACUUUUAUCCAGUCCUCAAAACCUACAAGAGUCCUCAUCACCUGUAUUACCCCAUAGCUCUUCUCCACCAUCCAAUAACCUAAACCCUUCAUUUUAUUCAAAUAUUAGUAAUGAUUUUGAAAAUAAUGCUAGUAGUUCUCAUUUUUAUAGUGGUAGUAAUUCAAAUUUUAACAAAAGAUUUAUAAACUAUAAUAACAAUCAAGGUAUAAAUAAUAACUUUUUCAAUAACUAUGAUAACAUUAAUAACUAUAAUAAUAUUAAUUAUAAUAAUAACUUUUUAUCAACUAAUAUUUCCCCUAACAAUGAUUUUAAUAUCUCAAAUAAUAUUAUUUCUCCAACCAUCAAUAAUUCCAAUACUGCUAACUAUAUUAACAACAAUAUCAACAAUAUUUCAUCAUCUAAUAACAAUAACAUUACAUUUUAUUUUAAUAAUAAUAAUAACUUUGAUUCAAAUUUUUAUCCCCAGAAUCACCAUCAACCACAUUUAUCACCUCAACCCCACUAUAAUCCCACUACCUCUUCCACCACCACCACUAAUACCACUACUACCACUACCACAAACACAAACACAACAUCUCCUUCUAUAAAUACAUCUCCAUCCUCCACUUUACCCACUGAAUUUAGUUUUAGACCAUUAAAACAAAAAAAAAAUCAAGAAUAUAAAGAUAAUUAA